GGGGAGGGGGAAGCGGAAACUUUCGUCUCAGACUCGGCAAAGUCCCUCCUUCUCCACGUCAAGCCAAUGACACCGCUGCCCCCGAACUUUCCGCCAGCAGGAGCUAUAAGAGCGUCCCAGGCUGCAACUUUCGCCCAACUCCCAGCCAGCUCCGAGGAGCCCUCGGGAGGGGAGCUGACAGCGCCAGAAAGAGAUUCCCCCUCCUUCGCUGCCUCUCUUUCGGCUCCCCAUGGCCUCCACCCUCCCACCCAACUAAGGUCCUCCCCACCCACCCCUGAUCUCCGCAUUACUGCCGUCCUCCUCUUCUUCUCCUCUCGCAGGCCAAGGAUCCAGCCGGGGGGAGCUGGCUGGCUAGGCUUCUCCCCCGCCCCCUCGCCCCCUCCAAAGGGCCGAUCGGUGCGCCGCGGGUUGGCCCCCGAGAUGAUGCAGCAGCAGGACGACUCCAACUCUCCAGUCUCGCCCGCCGACGACAGCCUGAGCAACAGCGAGGAGGAGCCCGAUCGCCAACAGCAGCAGCAGCUCCAGGGCGCCGGCAAGCGAGGGGGACGCAAGAGGCGCUCGAGCCGUAGGGCAGCCGCAGGAGGCGGCGGGGGCGGCGCCGGCGGGGGCAGCGGAGCGGCCGGCGGGGGGCUCGGCUCUGCGGAGGAGCCGUGCAGCCCGGCGCAAGGCAAAAGAGGAAAGAAAUCGGGCAGCGGCGGGGGCAGCAGCAGCGGCGGGGGCAGCCCGCAGUCCUACGAGGAGCUUCAGACGCAGCGGGUGAUGGCCAACGUCCGCGAGCGGCAGCGCACGCAGUCGCUGAACGAAGCCUUCGCGGCGCUGCGUAAGAUCAUUCCGACGCUGCCGUCGGACAAGCUGAGCAAGAUCCAGACGCUCAAGCUGGCCGCCCGCUACAUCGACUUCCUCUACCAGGUUCUUCAGAGCGACGAGCUCGACUCCAAGAUGGCCAGCUGCAGCUAUGUGGCCCACGAGCGCCUCAGCUACGCCUUCUCCGUUUGGCGCAUGGAAGGUGCCUGGUCCAUGUCCGCCUCCCACUAGCGUCCUGCGCAGCCUGGCGCGCCCGGAGACUUAGAUGACAUUGUUCUCAAAGGGAAGGAGAGAAAAUGGACAAUCUAGAGACUCUGCACUUGGAUUCGCCCUCACUCCACCUCCUGGGGUUAUUCCUCCCCCUUCUCAGACAAUAGCACGCCAAGGAUUUUCUUGGAAAUGUAGACGCGUUCUUGGCCCAGGUUGCAAAGAGCAGGGCGUGGGGAGAGCAAUUGAGGCAAGAGUCCUAGAGCCCCUCGGACGGUGAGGUGGCCGAUCCAGAGCGAAGGCUGGAUGGUCUACCAAACAUCUCUGCAUUCUGAUCGAAAUCUGAACCGGCUCCCCCCUCCCGCCCCCCCCCCAUUUUGACGAAGAAUGUUGGACAUUUUCCCCUACUUCCUCUCCCCUCUUUCUGCAUGCAUGCAUUCCCAAGAGAGCUUAUGAGCCACUCAUGAAAGGAAAUACGUUACUGGAGUCCCCCACCCUUCUUUUUUGAACAGAUCUGAUGGCAACGAAACCCCGUUUUUAAAGGAGCGAGAAAGGAAAGGCCCCCCAUCCACCGCCCCAAAAAGGUUUCGGCAGCAGAACCUUACUGGCUCAAACUCUCACACGAAAACCUUUCAGGUUCUUUUAGUUUUGCUUUGUUUUGGAAUUCUUCCUGGAAAAAAAAUAAUAAAAAAGGGAGGUGGGGGGCAAAAAUGAAACAUUCUAUUUAUUUAUUGAUGACCCAUGUUAAAAUGCAAAUAGAUCCGGUGUCUAAAUGCAUUCCUAUUUUUAUGAUUGUUUUGUAAAUAUCAUUGUAUAUUUUUACUGCAAUAAAUAAAUUGAAAUGUUAAAGAA